CCCCCCAGAAAGAGACGCUGCGCAAGACAAAGUCCGCGCCCCGGUUCGACCCCUUACGGCAGGCGCAGUCCUCGAGCGCUGACUAUCGUCCUGAUGUCAGCUUGGACGCUGCCGACGUCUGCGCAGCGUCCGUGGGUGGUCCGGUGGAUUCGGACGAUUCUGGAGUGAUGUAUGAACGACGUCCAAGAAAGGCGUGGGGAGCGUUCCACAGCAGUCUGAGCCCCAGAAGGUUUGGACAACUGAUGGGGAGUGUGCCCGCCCAUCGGACGCCCAGAAAUGGAGAGUCCGAAAACGAAGCGUCCGAAAACGGCACCGAGGCCCAGGUGAAUCGAACAACGGGAGCGGAAGCGUUUCCGCACGGAAGGCUUGAGGUCAACCAGGACGUCAGCAUAAGCUCGGCAGACGACAACCUGGCGGCAGUUCUUGAGCGAAUCAGAGAUGUGCACACGGCGCAGAGUAGUGACUCUGAACGGGACAGCUUGGGCCGGGUUUACCCGGGGCAGGAUGUGGAAGCUGGGAGGGGGGCCGAAACUGGGGCGAACGGGAGGGGGGCAGAAAGAGAUGUGGGCCGGUGGGAAGGAAAAGUGGGGAUAGAUAAGAAGCAGCAGGAUGCGUGGGAGGGCGCGUGCAAGCGGGAGGAGCUGCAGGGGCUGCGCUUGAAAGAGAUUCUGGAUUACAAGGCCCAAAUGAAGGAGAAGUUCGUGAGGCUCCUCCUCGGCGACGACCUUUCGGGGGGGUCCCGGGGCGCCAGCCCUGCGCUGGCCAUCUCGCACGCGGUGACCAACCUAGCCGGUGCCGUUUUCGGUGACGUGUACACCUUGGAGCCAUUGGAUAUCGACAAGAAGCUUCGGUGGACGCGUGAGAUCGACUGGCUGAUCAGUCCCGCUUACCAGAUUGUGGAGAUGCGCCCCGGCUGGGUCGUGACACCGGCGGGAACGAAGACAGAGAUCAUGCAACGGCAGCCACGUGGCGACCUCCAAGCCUCCCUUCCGGUGCUCAAAAAGCUAGACGCCCUCCUGAUGGACACGAUGGACACUUUGAUCAACCAAGAGUUUUCGUACAAGAGCGCGCCGCGGACGGUGACGUCAUCCGACGUCCUGGACGCGUACUGGCGUCCGAAAGCGGUGGUCCCCGCGGGGGGGCUGAGCCCGGAAGCGCUGCGGAAGUUGCGCGGGCAGAAGGAGGUGGUUACGAAUAUUUACGCGGUGGCGAUGGCGAUCAACGCGCAGACGCUCGCGGAGAUGGCGAUCCCGGACGAGUACUGGGAGUCGCUGCCGAGGUCGAGCAAAGCCGCUCUGGGCGAAGAGCUUUACCGCGCUCUCACAGAGGACGGCUUCGAGAACGGCGGCAUACUGUCGGCGCUGGGCGUUGCGGAUGAGACUUCUGCGGCCAGAGUCGCCAGCGCCCUAGAGGCGGCGAUCCACCUGUGGCAGCGCAAGAUCGUCAAACGGGGCCAGGAGGACCACGUGAACGAGCCGGUCCAGAGUUGGCGGCAGCGCGUCGAGACGAUGACGGGCCACGGCGCGGAAGCGCGCGAGCGAUGGGUGGCGCGCGCGUCGGAGCUGCUGCAUACGCUGUUCGCCACGUUCCCCGGGCUGCCGCACACGCGGCUCGCACAAUCGAAGAUCCAUCACAACAAGGACGUGGGCCAAGCUAUCCUAGAGAGCUACUCGCGGGUCCUCGAGACCGUCGCCUCUAACCUGCUCGCGGGCAUUAGCCACGUGUUAGACUCGCACGAGGAGGCAUACAGCCUCGGGAAGGCCCUGCGCGCCUCCGCCGACUACAGCCUUAACCAAAAUUCGCCCACGAGCCUGCUAACUAACCCCGCCCCAACCCCGCCCAAAACCCCGGGCGAUUCGGACCGUAGCUCCGGCCUUGCGGCGAACGAACUAGAAGGGGAAGAUACGCCCGGGGGACAAAACGUUCCCGCCGGGAACCCCCUGCAGAAGUGGGUCGUGCUUGAGGGCCGGUCCGCGCAAAGCGCACAGAAUCCGGGCAAGGGCUUGGAUGUUCUACGGACGGCGGUCGGGCGGUUCGCUUGACUGAGUUGCGAUUACGAGUGACAGGGCUGGGGUGUUGAUCUUGCGACAAGGGCCCUCGCGUGGGGUGCUUGGUGCAGACUAAAUCGGUGGUUGGUUGAGUGUUGGUAGAUAGAUAACAGGAAGAAGUUUGCAGAGGAUGGCUGGUGUGCAGGGUGUGCGGGUGGACGGGUGUUUGCGGCAGCGAAGUGGCGGGCCGCGUGUGGUUGAGUUGCGUUUAUCUAAUGUAAAAAGAAGCGUACAUACAAAGUCUGACUCGACUGUACUGUACUGCGCAAGAGCAAGCUAGGAGGUUGAUUGGUGUGCAAUUGAGUUGACGCCAGGCCACCAAUAGGCUACUAACCAAGGUCGGACAUGUACUAUUUUCUACGAGAAAGGUACUAGCUACACGAGCUUUAACAAUAACAAUCAAAGACGUGAUAGCGUCACAUAUAGGUGCCAGCUCCCGCCUUUUGGAAGCGCUAGCGACAAUGCUCCGAGUUAAAUUGAUGCUCAGCAGCUGAUGCUCCCGAGUACUUCCGAUUGAACCGGCGGACGGGC